AUGGUUGUUCCAAGAGCACUGGGAGGUGAAGUACUGGAAGACAUCCAUGGAGCUCACCUGAGGGUGACAAAAAGCCUCAGUUUUGCUAAAGACUAUGUCUUCUGGCCGUCAAUGACAGCCCACAUCAAAGAUAAAGUUAACUCAUGUGCUAUCUGCAAUGCAUUCCGCAAUCAGCAGCAGAGGGAGUCAUUGCAUCCACACGACAUUCCUGGAUUGCCCUGGCAAGUAGUUGGAACUGAUAUAGUCAAGUAUGGUGGCUACUCGUAUCUGCUAGUCACUGACUUUUAUUCAAAGUGUUUUGAAAUAAAAUCGUUACGUCAGAUUACUGCAACUUGUGUAAUUAACAACUUAAAGAAAAUCUUUGCACGUUUCGGAAUCCCAGCUGAAGUAGUCAGUGACAAUGGGUCACAAUACAGCAACACCGGAAACCUGUUUAACAGUACUCAUGAAUUCAAACGGUUUGCAGAGGAAUGGGGAUUCCGACACACGACUAGUUCACCAGAGUAUCCACAUUCAAAUGGAGCUGCAGAGCGAGCUGUGCAGACUGCGAAAAGGAUUUUGAAGAAAGCUGAAGCAGAUAAAAAGGACCCGUUUGAAGGACUCCUCAAGUACAGAAACACCCCUUUUGACGAUAUAGGGGUCCCACCUGCUCAGCUCCUGAUGAGUCGACGAACUCACACAACACUACCAACUCACAGGCGUCUCUUAGUACCACGAGCUGUAGAACCUGGCCAUGUUCAGAAAGCACUUAAGCAGCGCCAGGAUGUUUCAAAGGCUAACUAUGACAAACGCAGUCGAGACCUACCACCUCUGCAAGCUGGGGAAAAAGUACGGAUUCGUCCAAACCAGGCGAAAGAAUGGCGUAAAGCAGAAGUUUUGCCGAGAUCCUAUGUGGUACGAGAUGUGCAAGGACACACUUACAGGAGGGAUAGAAGGCAAAUCAUUGCAGUUCCAAAUGAUCAACACAUGAUCCCUCAGUUCAAAACAACCUUUACGAGUCCUCGACCUAAAGACCCUCCCACAAAGACACAUGACGAGAAAACGCACUCAGUGUUACCGCCACCCAUCUCAGAAGGGAUCUCAGAAAAACCAAAAUCACCAGUACAUCAUUUGCCGAUGGCAACACGAUCAGGGCGACCUGUAAAGAAGCCCCAAAGACUAAUUAAACAGUGUUGA